UUUUCAACUUUUGUACCAUUCGUCAAAUCUCCGUGUUGAGUGAAGGUUGAUACUUCUUACGAAUAUUUCCAGAAUAUUUCCAAAAGUGCGUGCAUCCAAAAGCAAUUUGACCUAUAGAGAUGGGUUUACGUAAUUCCAAAAAUAGCCCCAAAAGCUAUGACAUAGCUCCCAUAGCCACUAAAAAAGAAUCAAAAAAAUCAUCAAAAAAUGCACCUGUAGUGACUUUGCCACCAGCGGAAGCAACAGUGAAUGAGAAAGUGGAGUCCAGCCCUUCUUCUUCAACUUCAACUGAUGAGGCAACUGCAGAAGUUAAUAAAGAACAAACUACGGAGUCCAGCCCUUCCACUUUAACUGAUGAACCAACUGCAAAAGUUCACAAAGAACAAAUAACGGAGUCCAGCCCUUCUACUUCAACUGAUAAACCAACUGAAGAAGUUUGUAAAGAACAAAUCACGGAAGUUAACAAUGAACAAAUAACAGUAGCUACCAAUGAACCAAUUACAGAAGCUGAGACUUCAAAAUCAAAUCAAAUUGUGGAAGGACACCUUGCCGAAGUUAAAACAGAGCUUACAACGGAGGUGAAUGCUGUCAGUGCAGAGCCUAUUGCAGCGCUUAGUGCUCCGACUGAAGAGCCUAUGGAAAAGGGUAAUGCUCUUACAGCAGAGCCAAUUAAUGAAGUUGCAACUGUAUCCUUGGAGAAAACUAUCGAAAUAAAUGAAGAUCCUAUUAUAGACGCCAAUAACUUAGACUCAACUAAAAAUACUGUAACUGAAAUAGUUACAGAAGUUAAUGCUUCCAUUGUAGAGCCAAUUACCGAAGUAAAUGCUAACACCGCAGAAUCGGUUGCUGAAUCAACCGCUAUUCAAUCAGUUGUUAUUGCUUCAGAACAAAUUGAUGUUACCAAAGUAGCUACUGCUGAGUCAAUCGUGGAUACUAAAUCUAUGAAGUCAGAUGUUAUUGCUUCAUCUUCAGAACUUAUCGAAAAUACCAAUGCCGCUACUACUGAGCAAAUUGUGGAACCUAUGGCUAUGAAGUUACAAUUUGAUUCAGUUGAAAAUGCUUCUUCUGAGGAAAAGGAACCUGAACCUGAGGAUGAGGAAGAAAAAUUUGAUCUCAUUACCGAAACAAAAACCUCAGUCAUCACCCCACCAACUAUAUCAGAAAACAUUGAAGCUUCAAACGAAUUAGCUUCCCACGAUCAAAUCCCCGAAUGGGUAAAUGAAGAUAAUUUCAAACCGUUACUCUUAAGCUUGUAUCCCAAUUUGGAGAAAAUCAUUUCCUUUAGUGCAAAACCUGCUUUGGCAGCUGGAGAAAAUUAUGCAACUACAACUUUAAGGAUCAAAAUCGCUAUACAGCUUCAGGAUUCCAAUAUUGUUGAACUUUGCUACAUCUUAAAAGUGGCCCCAGACAAUGAGGCACAUGUUGAAAUGCACAAGAACUUCUUUAAGGUUGAGAAUACUGUCUAUGAUCAAGUGAUACCGGAAAUGGAAGAAAUGUAUUCCCAAGCUGGUUUGAAUAUACAUUUUGCUCCAAAAGUAUAUAAACUUGGACCCCGAGCUACUUCGUUUCACCACAUAUUAUUGGAAGAUUUAAAUGAACGAAAUUACAAAAACGCCUGCCGUUUAGAUGGCUUGGAUAUGGAGCACACAAAAGCUGUACUACGCAAAUUGGCACAAUUUCAUGCGGCAUCUGCUUGUAGAUUCGUAACCAAAGGGGCUUAUAGCGAUACAUUAACGGGUAAUAUGGAUAGUCCAUUUAUAAGCGGAUUGUGCCAAAUGGUUAAAGCUUUUAAACACCCCUUUUUGAGCAAUCUGAACUUAUACGAGAAUGGUGGAGCAUACAAGUGUUCUAUGAAUGCAUUCUUUGAUCAUGCUGUGGAAAAGGUUGUCAAUGGCCGCAAGUCAAAUCCCGAGCAUUUCAAUGUACUUAACCAUGGUGACUGUUGGUCCAAUAACAUUCUUUUUAAACACACUGACGAUGGUGAAGUGGAUGAUGUGCUUUUCGUGGACUUUCAAAACACUAACUAUGGCUCCCCUGCUCAAGAUCUCUAUGUUUUCAUCAUCUCAUCAACACAAUGCAAUAUCAAAGUAUCCCAAUUUGAGCAUCUCAUCCAUUAUUAUCACCAACAUUUGGAGGAGCAUUUGAAGCUGCUGAAAUAUCCUUUGGAGCAAAUACCAAGUCUACGGGAAUUACACCAACAGCUUAUUGAGAAUGGAUUCUGGGCAACCACAACUGCUGCCAUGGCAAUGGGAGUUGUUCUGCUAGAUCCCACUCCUAAUGCAACAUUUGAUACAUUCAUUGGUGAACAACAAGGAAGUAAUGAUCUCAAAAAUGCCAUGUUCUCGAAUCCACGUUACAUUCAACAUAUCAAUGAAUUGCUGCCCUGGUUGUCUAGUCGUGGUUUCAUGGAGACAAAUGAGUGUUCGGAAAACACUGCAUGUCCAGAAAUAUCAACCAUGGGAGGCGAGGAGACAGCAGCAUCUUGCAGUAAUUAAUACUCUUUAAAAAUAUUUGCUAUAAUAAUUAAGGAACUUAGUUUUAAGUAAAACUUUUUAUUAAAAACAUUUUAGUGUGCAAA